AUGAAUGAGUGUUUAAUACUCGUGUCGAAUAUGAAUCGAUUCUUGUGAACUUUCAUUGAGGUGAAUACAGUUAAUAAAUACUAACUAAAUAAAUAUCGUAAAAAAGUUGGUGUGGUUUACCGAAUUCGAAAACCAUGGGAACCAAUCCAGACAACGAGGCGUGCUAAUUUCCAAACCCUGAUUGAAGACGGCGAUGGUGAUGAUUCUUUAGCUUUCCAGACCACAGAUUAACCGGAAUUCCAUUGCACUAGCAGCGCUCUUCACGAAGACUAUAAGUGACUGAAGGAUUUAUUGAAUAUUUAUUCUAUGAAUACAAUUUACCUUGUUAGGGCGUGUUUUGAUGAUGUUUAAAAACAAAAAAGCCUGGUUUUCUCAGAGUGUAAGCAGGAGCGUAUGUGAUUUGUGGGUGGCUGAAGGUGGGAUGAUAACAAACUUGUUCACAGCAGACUAUGUUUUCAGUGAAGAUGCCGCCAACCCUGAUACUCAAAGGAUUUACCAGAGUCUGGAUUAUGUGGAAAAUAGGAUUACAAUUUUUCACGCCGCCUAUCUUUCUGCCUGUGAGAAAUCCAAAAACAAUAGAGCUGUGUCUAUGGGUCACUUUGUUCUCCCCCCAACCCAUGUUCAGAAAGCUAUAAAAGCAGAGUUUGGAUGCUUUAUUUGGGAGAAAGAGGAUUGUUUUACUACAAAAGAAGUACCAUGCAACAGGCUGACCCUGGUGAAAGGGAAGAAAAACAAAUACUUGCGCAAACAACAAAAAUGUGGAAUGAAAACCUCAGAAAGAGGCAUGACGUGUUGUAAUCUACAACAAUACCCAGUGAAUAAUAUGGUCACAGGUUACAUCUUUAUCGAUGAAAUGAAGAAAUAUUCAGGGGAGUUGCAUGACUUCACUCCCGGAGAUGCUGGCUAUUCAGUGUGUAGAGCUCACUGUGAAAAAUAUAUCUUACCAUCUAGUAAAAACAGAAGGGACAGAAUUCACACCAAUUAAAAUACACCAGAACUGAUUCUCAGAAACUGUUUGAGUGUUCAAUAUGUAGUCCUGCAGUCUUGGAAAGUUUGUAUACUCACUUUCUGUAUGUUUUAGUUGCAGUAACAAUUAUUUUAACUGAAGUUACUCAAGGCAGGUUUUUAUUUUUUGUUUAAAAUAUUGCAAAGUUUUAGUAAAUGACAUGUAAAUCAGCCUGCAUGUAUUGUUUAUUGAUGAUUUUUUUAAAUCAUAAGUAAAUGUUGA